AUGCCACACCAGACGCCACACCAAACACCCACAGCGUCUCCAGCCAGCCCCGACCAGGCAGCCCCUCAAGGUGUGGAUGAUCCAUCUAGCAGCCCGCGACCAGUGGUGGUUCCCACAGAACCACAGGUCGAGCCCCCACCAGAGGAAGCGCCACUCGGCGAGCGCGUCGCAGAUGCUGACGUGAUAUCUGUUGCUCACCCUAUGGCUGCCCAGUCGUCUGUUAGUCCUCCUAUCAUUGAAGAGACUUUGUCCCAAGGCGACGAGGUUUCCAUCAACGAGGACACGAGCAGUACUAGGAGCGACACGGCCCUGCAGAUAGAAUGA